GGAGGAGAGGAGAGGAGGAGAGGGCAGCUCCUGCCCUGCCCAGGUGGUGCCCUGGAAAAAAGUUGUUGUGGCUUCCGAGCUGGGCGGUGAGAGCGCGUGCGGGUACCUAGUAAAGCCGGCGGCUUCAGAGAAGAGCAGCCCCAGCUCAGUUACUUCCUCCUGCCGAUAAGAUCUCCGCCAGCGCUCGUCACGGGUGGCUGCCGCCGCCGUCGCUGCCCUACUUGAAUCGGUUUCAGACUCCUCCCGAGGCGAGACGGGAGCGGGAGAGCGGCGAGGCGGGAGGGAGGAGGCGAUGCUGGGGGCCGCGCCGCUCCGCCCGGCCUCCUCCGCCCCGCGCAGCCCCGCUCCCGGCGCUGCCGGCAGAGCCAGCCGGGCGGCGGAGCUGCGGCUGGGACCGGCAUGGGGACCUUAGGCAAGAGGAGAGAAAACCAUCAACCUGCCCAAGCAUGCAGCACUGCCCCUGAAUCAGCGCUGGAGCUGCAGCAGACCAGCCACUGUCACAGCCUCUCAAAUCAUACUCAGAUCAUGAUGGUGCCAUUGGGGCAUCUAGCCAAAGGAGCCACUUUGGAAGACCUUCUUGAAACCUGCAUUCAGUCUUUUGAUUUAGAAGGAAAUGCAUGUCAAAACAACCAGCUGCUAAAAAUAAUUCUGGCCAUGCAUCAGUUUUUCAUCUCCUCUGCAGACAUGCUUCAGAAACUCGUUGAUCUCUAUCUUAAUGCUUUAGAAAAUAACUCUUCAAUGCUGUGUGUGAAGAUCUGCUAUUUUGUGAGGUAUUGGAUUACAGAAUUCUGGAUUAUGUUCAAAAUGGACUCUAAACUAUCCACAGCUAUGGAGGAAUUUCAAGAAGUGGUUCGAGCUAAUGGUGAGGAGUUACAUUGUCGUCUAAUUGACACAUCUCAAAUAAAUUCUAGGGAUUGGUCUAGAAAGCUGACACAGCGUGUAAAGGCCAACACCAGUAAGAAACGGAAAGUCUCACUUCUUUUUGAUCACCUUGAGCCAGAGGAGCUGUCAGACCACCUUACCUAUCUUGAGUUUAAGUCUUUCAGAAGAAUAUCAUUCUCAGAUUAUCAGAACUACAUUGUGAAUAGUUGUGUGAAAGAGAACCCAACAAUGGAAAGAUCAAUUUCUCUUUGCAAUGGUAUCUCGCAGUGGGUGCAGCUAAUGGUUCUCAGCAGACCAACACCACAGCUUCGGGCUGAAGUGUUCAUCAAGUUUAUCCAUGUUGCACAGAAGCUCCACCAGCUGCAGAAUUUUAACACAUUAAUGGCAGUGAUAGGAGGUCUGUGUCACAGUUCCAUUUCCAGGCUCAAGGAAACAAGCUCAUGUGUUCCUCAUGAUGUAAUUAAGGUGUUUAAUGAAAUGACAGAAUUGCUUUCGUCUUACAGAAAUUAUGAUAGUUACCGACGUGCCUACAAUGAGUGCAGUAACUUUAAGAUCCCAAUCCUUGGUGUCCACCUGAAAGACUUGAUAUCCCUUUAUGAGGGCAUGCCAGACUACUUGGAGGACAAAAAGAUUAAUGUGUACAAACUGUAUUCUCUGUAUAACCACAUAGAUGAGCUGAUACAACUCCAGGAAAUGCCUCUUCCCCUGGAGGCUAAUAUGGACCUUGUUCACUUGCUUACACUGUCCCUUGAUCUUUACUACACAGAAGAUGAAAUUUAUGAACUUUCGUAUGCGCGAGAGCCACGAAGUCACCGAGCUGCUCCUAUGACACCUUCCAAACCACCAGUAGUUGCAGACUGGGCCUCAGGAGUGGCCCCAAAACCUGAUCCAAAAACCAUCAGCAAACACGUUCAAAGGAUGGUAGAUUCUGUCUUCAAAAAUUAUGACCAUGAUCAGGACGGAUACAUUUCCCAGGAAGAAUUUGAAAAGAUUGCUGCCAGUUUCCCAUUCUCGUUUUGUGUAAUGGCUAAGGACUGGGAAGGUCUGAUUAGUAGGGAUGAAAUAACAGCCUACUUUAUGAGGGCUAGCUCAAUCUAUUCCAAAUUAGGACUUGGCUUUGCUCACAACUUCCAAGAGACCACUUACUUAAGGCCCACUUUCUGCGACAACUGUGCUGGAUUUCUGUGGGGAGUCAUUAAACAAGGAUACAGAUGCAAAGAUUGUGGAAUGAACUGUCACAAGCAAUGCAAAGACCUGGUUGUGAUAGAGUGCAAGAGAAGACCCAAAACUUCAGUUGCAGACAACAGCCCAACAUCUGCUCUUGCAUCAAGCCUCUGCCCAGUAGGAGUUAAAGAGCAAUUCCAUGGACAAGAAGAAGGAUCAUUCACCUUUCCUAAUGGAGAAGUAAUGGAGCACAGUGAAGACAGCAAGGAUCGAACCAUUAUGCUCAUGGGUUCCUCAGCUCAGAAAAUCUCAGUGAGACUGAAACCAGCUGUGAUUCAUAAAAGUACACAGACUGAUCCUGUACUGCUGGCUGGUGAUGUAUCUCGUAAGCGGAGAGAGAAGAAAGAACACAGGAUGCCAGAAAAUCCUUAUCUCCAGGCAGCUCCAGCAUCCACGUUUCCAAGCCCAAUUCUAGGCCGCCGAAAGGCAUUUGUUAAAUGGGAAAACAAGGACUCCAGCCAGAAAAUGAAGGAGGAGCAUCACAGCUGUAAACCUUCAUACCAGGAACUUGAGCAGGAAAGGAAUAUUCUAAAGGCAGACAAUGAAGGUUUAAAGAUCCAGCUGGAACAGGCACACAAAACAAUUGAAUCUCUCACAAUCCAGAAAAGAAACCAUGUAGUUGACAGUCUACAACACAGAGACUGCUCCUAGCAGAUGAGAGGAAAAUCUCCUGUGGAAUGGAAGAAUGUAAGACUGAAAGAGGGGCUGUGAUAAAGCUGCUUACCAAGUGAACUGGAGAGAGAAUCUGAAGGAUAUUAAGCAGAGAUGUUCACUUUACCCAACACAUUUCCCUUUUAAAAAUGCACUCCCAAAUCUAUAAAAUAAUUUUGACCUUGUAAGGUAGUAUAGCAUUAUCUGUGCAAUGAAAAUAGUAUCUUCUGGGUUUGCUUUUAAAAGGAGUGAGAGUGUUGCUAAAGUCUCUGUUCAUGUUGAAGACCAUAUUGAUUUUGGAGUGACUUACUUGGCUGCCACAGCACACCUUACUGUACAAAUGUUCUGACAAAGUAGAUAUUCGUAAGACUGGGUCACCUCAAAUUUGGCCCAAACUCAGUUUUAUAGAAACAAAUGUGUGAUAAAGCUGAGUAAGUAAAACUGUAGAAAAACUACAUUAAGAAAAACAAUUCCUUCUUGGAGCUGAAACCAAUUAAAAACAUGAAGUGAAUGGUCACAUUUAAUUCCAAUAAUUAACAAGAAAAUUAAAGUAGCUAAGCUAAUGAUAUUUGAUUGAUCCAUACACUUUAAGAUAAACUGACAGUUUUUUUAAACAUCUUUCAGAGCUUUAGAAGUUGUGCUGCUCAAACACUUACCUUUAUUAAAGUAACAGAAGUGAGACUAUUGAGACUUGACAUUGAAUACUGCUUCCAUGCCAUGACUUGGAAGAUUUAAUUCUCCUUAUUUGGCUUAAGGAGUAACUUGUUGUCCACAUACAGUAGAUAUGGGACAAGAAUGAUUGUAUUUCUCUCAUGUCAAAGUAGAUGCCAUUGUUGAGCAGACUCUUCAGAGCCAUAUUAUGAAGAAAGCUGUACAGCAAUCCCUGUGCAAUAGCUACUGUAUGUCAGAGCUCCUAACAAGAUUUCUCCAUUUUCUCUCUCCUGGAUUUCACAUGCACUUUACAUUAAGAGUCAAGAUGAGUGUGCUCCUAUGUCUGUAAAUUUUGUAUAGUAAAAGGUGCGAGGGAGGUAACUAAAAGACACAAAGUGUAUAUAUUUUUAAAUAAAAGUCUUUCAAGUUACUGAUAAAUCUACUUGUCAAAGUAGCCGAUUUGAAAAUUCCAUUUGCAUUCCAAGAGAAUCUGUACACUUAGAGUUGUGUGUUUGUCAUCACACAUAAAAAACAUCAAAAACAAAGUCCACUUAAUGCUCAACACUUCUAAGUUUCCAGUUGCAUUAUAGAUUGAAAUUUAGUCAAUGACAAUAGCAUCUGUGCUUUGUGUUCAAAGUGGCAUAAAUAUACAUUCCAUCCACAAUUUACAGUCAUUAUCAGGUAUAUGAAUGCUUUAUUUAUAAAGUUAAUUUGAAAGUACUUGCCAGUUUAGUGAUUCAAAAUUGCUUGGGAAUUGGAUUGUACUUGCAACUCCAUGUAUAAGUAAAAACAAGUGGAGGGAAAGAGUAGUGAUAGUAGAUUUUCUGUAACAUUACUGUAAAUAACUGAAAUGCUUAGGAAAAAAAACAGCUCUGAAGACUGUGCAGCUUUUUAAACUCAUACACUAAACCUGAAUUAUUAACAAGUAACAUGGAAUUGCACUUUGGUCAGUGAAGCAAUCAGAAUGGCUGUCAGGUCAUGUCUGCAAACUUGGUUCGCCCGUUUUCUGCGAGCUUCUUGAUUUUGUCCUCUUCAGGGAACUACAGCGAGGUGUAUUUCUAAUAGGCAUUUAACAAGUAAAAGUCUAUUUCUAAAACUAUUAAACAAGAUAAAAGUUGAAUAUAUUUUCACUUAUUUAAAAAAUACCUCAGAGGAGCAGCUAAGAGUCAUAAAUCUUGUACAGCCAAGGUAGGUGCUCACUGGUGGUCUAAACUCUGGAUUUGAAUAGAAUUUGUGUAUAUACAUUUAUUUUAUCUAUGAUGGAAUUUGGAGAGCAUGAACAAAACCUUGUAGUUAAAAGGAAAAUUCCCUAAUAUCAGCAGCUGGCCCAAAGGCUACUGAAUAACUAGGUACUUAAUACUCCAAAGUGAGUUAUGACCAUAGAUUUGUACAGUCCUAAGUGCUGACUUAAUGUUUCUCUGUGAAGUUUGCUUGUUCAAUCUGUAAGAUUGAAAAGUGAUCUGUUUGCAGGAAUGUCUUACAGAACAAGUGUGCAUUGUUUCAUGUGUGCUGAAAACUUCCUGCUUCAAAGAAGUCAGUUGAUACCUGGGUAACUUCAGAGCUCUCUAAGUACCUUCAGGUUCUCUGUUUGCCCAAAGCCCCUAACAGUUACCUCCUUCCUCCCCACCCAACCCUCCCCCCACCCUUUUUUUUUCUUUCUUUUUCUCUGAAGUGCUGUUAGUCCCUUCUUUUCACUUUCUUUUUCCUGCAUGAAAGACUUGACAGUGGAACCUGAUUACAGGGAAACUGUUAGAACUGACAAUGCUACCCCUAAAAAAUCACUUGCCUUUGUGUUAAUCUUAAAGCUGCUUUAUGUUAGGAAAAAGAGACACAAUUAUAAAGGCUGUGUAGAAGUCAUAUUACCACAGUGAUACUGAAAUUUACCUUGUCAUGGCUAAGUCAAAUGGAAACCCUCACCUCUACCUUCUCUAGGUCCAGCUCUACUUACCAGAAGGCAGAAAGAACAAGCAUCAUUCCCCAUUUUUUUUUUAAGCAUGAAUUCUGAUUGUUUAAAGAUAAAAGUAAAUAGAUUGAGUAGUAUCAUAAUUAACAAGGCAGACCUACUGUUUACAUUCAGGUUAAAUACAGUUGCUUUUAGAUUAGCUCAUAUAUGUUUUGGAAAUACCUUUUUGUUCUAGCAGCAUCUGUUAUUUUGUUGUAACUGAUCUCUGUGGCAAUUUGAAAAAGUUUAAUGCUGUCUGAGAAGAUUGAAAAAGUGUACAGAUUGUAAAGAUUUCACAUAAAUUGUAAGAUUUUGGUUUAAUAUUUAUAAUAGAAAAAUAUUAAAAUUGCA